ACCUAUUUGCAUCCCUGUUUCUUAUUCAAAUGUAACGGUACCCGUUGAAUCGAAAAGCCCAAUUUCUCUGUGUAAUUCUGAAGAAAAUGAAACCCUGCAUGUGGUGAACUAUCGGUUAAAAAUAAUGUGACUCUCGGGCCCGACGAUCUGCUGCCAAAGAGGCUAAAGUUAGCGUUAGUUUAUGUUCACAAUGCUGUGUAUAUGGGGAACAUCUUACUUAACGCGUUGUGAGGAUCUACUAAUAACUGAGAUGAAAGACACGAUCAUGAAUCCAGAAAAACUCGCCAAACUUCAGGCACAGGUUCGCAUCGGCGGAAAGGGCAGUGCUCGCAGGAAGAAGAAGGUUGUGCACAGGACAGCGACCGCCGACGACAAGAAGCUGCAGUUCUCCCUAAAGAAGCUCGGCGUCAACAAUAUCUCCGGUAUCGAAGAGGUUAACAUGUUCACAAACCAGGGAACAGUGAUCCACUUCAACAACCCCAAAGUCCAGGCAUCCCUGGCGGCCAACACCUUCACCAUCACCGGCCACGCGGAGAACAAGCAGCUGACGGAGAUGCUGCCCAGCAUCUUGAACCAGCUGGGCGCCGACAGCCUGACCAGCCUACGGAGACUAGCCGAGGCCCUCCCCAAACAAGCUUCAGAUGGAAACGCACCAAUCGCAGAAGUAGAGGAGGAAGACGACGACGUUCCAGAUCUGGUUGAGAACUUUGACGAAGCUUCAAAGGAUGAGGCGAACUAGAGGCAACGCGGCUCGCCCGGAGUGCUGAGACUUGACAGGAACAUGUUGGGAACAAGACUUUUAUAUAUUUGCAUAAGUGUAAAGUAACUUGUAAAAACUGUACUGUGGCACAUUUUUCACCGUAUUUUUUUUCGUUUCAGUCUCCAUUUUGGGGGGCCUUCAUAUCAAUUUUUCAUUCAGUCUCAAGUCCAACUAAUGCUUUGUCAUUACCAAGUAGUAUAUUCUUUGGUUGACAUUUCUCCAUUUGAGAGAUCAUGCAGCCAAACAAGCUCUGAUGUAGCUCUCUGUAUUAUUCGUUUGUCAUGGACGUUCUAUAGGUCGAUUUUCUUGAAUGGUUUCUCCCCAACAUCUGAUGUUAGUGCAUGCUACACCUCUUCACAUGAGUGAGGUGAACAGUACAUCUACCUUAUCAUUUCCAGUAUGUGCUUCAGUGAUAUUCCCAAAUCUGACGACCAAUAAACUUAUUUGCAAGUCA